AUCAACUACGUCAUAUUACAAUACAAGCCCCCCGAUCUCUGUAUAUGUGUAACUAACUGUGCACUCGUCUGCGGAGACGGAUCUGCAAGAAAGGUGUUAACUCUAAUCUGCGAAAGGAACCUAAGCAACUGCCUACGCAACGAUAUAUUGGGCUCAAGUGGAGUGAAAGGAUGUCAUGAAGUGAUGGUUAAAUACAUCGAAAAGAUGGCAGAGUAUGGCAGAAUGGAUUGAUAGUUGUUCUGACUGUGGAGAGGCAGCAACAGCCUACUCCUCUCAUUACAAAGGAACUUAUUUCUUCUUGAUACACCUUGAUGUCAACUUAUUUUCUUCUAAACUUAAACAUAACGAGACUAAAAAGAGAAAGUUGAAAGAAAUUGAGAAGAAAGUAUCAGCAUUAAGAAAUACCUCAGGUGGUGAGAUCCUAGUCCAUCUGCAAGGUCAAGACCCAGAAGAUAGGUAUCUUGGGCACUUCGACAACUUUACUGACGCUUGCCUGAAGAAUCUAAUCCCUGACGGACAACUGUUCACGGAAGUUUACAGACGUCAAUGGUUGUCGGAUGAUUUUCCUGGUUUUGAGACCACCCCUGUUCUUCUCCUCACUGUUAACAAAGCACGGUCUGUAUGUACAGUACAUUUUUACACCAAAGUUGCAUCGGAUUUUAUGAUUGAAAAUGCGUCGACCAUUGGUUUCGUCUCUCUCUUGUCCAGAAAGGUUAUCACAACAGCGACAGAACCAACACUUAGAGGAAUCCACAACUUUGAGAAACGACUGCAUGAAAACAGACACAUUGAACUUAAAAGUGUGUUCACGAAGAAAGAUCGAACAUUUCAUAACAUUUCCUCGUUUGUUGAUUACAUUUGGACUGAUCUGAGAUUCAGGGAAAAUUUAUGUUCCAUGUCAAAACUUGAAGGUGGGGGUUCUUUCUUCGUGGGAAUUAACGAAAGAAAUGGAGGUGGAACAUACGACUCAAGAGAAAUAAAUCCCAACGGUUUUCCCUGCGACUGGAACGUUUAUGAAUUCAAGGCGUCUUUGGAUGAUAAACUAGAAUUUGACGCAUCCUAUCAAAGACCAGACGGGGCUCUCACGUCUGUCCCCACCAGUCUCAUUAAGGUUGCCCUCUACAACUCUCCUUUGGAAAAGCAGGCUAGUGCUCAUAAUGUUAAAAUUUUAGAAAUUGCAGUCGGGUAUUCUCCGGGCGUUGUAUUCUUUAAUAGAAAAGGCCCUGAAACCUACACCAUAGACAAAGAGGGAAGUAUACUGAGAAUGGAACAUUGUGAAUGGUUGGACAGAAUACAGUCGUUUAAUGUAGUUGAUAACAAGCAGUAGCAUUUUGAACACCAUGUCUAUCUAUGACAGUGAUGAAUCUCCUUCACGCCCUUCAUCCUUCCCUGACCAACACUUUAAAACUUUUGGUGGCACUGGAUUGAAUUCGCCGCGUGAUUCUAUAGAAUUUCGCAACAGACGAGCGGGGCGGGAGUCGGAUUCAUGUAAUACAGUCGCACAUGAUGCCUUUCAAGGGAUUGCAGCUGCACGAAGAACCUUGGCGUCAGCUGUUGUUAACCGCAGUGCAAAGGUGCAGGAUGA